AUUAUUAAGACUGAGCUUAUGGUCUUCAAUAAUGGUGGUCUGGUUUCUUUUAAUAGCAACUACUACUAAUUUGGUAGAAAACAAAUGUGCAUUUGAGGCUAUUUUUAAUUUUGGAGACUUAAAUACUGAUACAGGUGGAUUUUAUGCAGCUUUCCCAUCUCAGAGUUCUCCUUAUGGAAUGACUUAUUUCAAAAAACCAGUCGGACGGUCAAGUGAUGGCAGAGUCAUAAUUGAUUUUUUUGCUCAAGCAUUAGGUUUGCCAUUUGUAAGUCCAUAUUUGCAAUCAAUUGGAUCAGAUUACAGACAUGGUGUCAACUUUGCAACAAUAUCAUCUACAGUGCUCUUGCCACAAUCUUCAUUAUUUGUAUCUGGAGUUAGCCCAUUUUCUCUUGAAAUUCAGCUUCGACAAAUGAAAGAAUUUAAGGUUAAAGUCGAUGAACUUCAAAGUAAAGGGAAUAGUAAUCUGCCUUCCCCGAACAUAUUUGGGAAGUCACUUUAUACAUUCAACAUAGGUCAGAAUGAUUUCACUGAUGAUUUGGCAAGAAUAGGAAUAAGUGGAGUGAAGCAAUACUUACCCAAAGUAGUUUCCCAAAUUACUAGCACCAUCAAGGGUUAAAAUAUGGAAACAAAGCAUGUUGUGGACAUGGAGGUGGUGCUAACAACUUUAACCCUCAAGUGUUUUGUGGCAACAGACAAAAAUUGACAGCCACAGCUUGUGAUGAUCCGUACAAUUACGUAAGCUGGGAUGGAAUACAUACCACAGAAGCAGCAAAUAAACUCACUGCUUCUGCCAUUCUCAAUGGCUUAAAUUCUGUGAUAUUCAGCCUAUUGGUUGAUAUACGAUUUUAUUGUAAGUGAUGGAAAAUAAACCACGAGUUAUUAUAUUGUAACGCGUUGAUGAUA